UCCGUUGCGAUUCUUGUGUCUUUCUGAGCUGUUUCUCUUGAACUCCCUGGAAAUUACAUAUAUUCAUACACGCAUUCAAGUACAUAUAUUCAUACACGCAUUCAAGUCUCAAUUGUACAUAGAAUUUGGGAACUAGGGUUUUGAUCAGAAGAGAUUGAAGAAGAAGAAGAUGUUUGGGAGGGCACCGAAGAAGAGUGAUAAUAGCAAGUACUAUGAGGUAUUAGGGGUGUCGAAGAACGCCACUCAGGAUGAUCUCAAAAAGGCCUAUCGUAAAGCCGCCAUCAAGAACCAUCCUGAUAAGGGUGGUGACCCAGAGAAGUUUAAGGAGCUUGCUCAAGCUUAUGAGGUGCUGAGUGACCCUGAGAAGCGUGAGAUCUACGAUCAGUAUGGUGAGGAUGCACUCAAGGAAGGAAUGGGCGGUGGCGGCGGCAUGCAUGAUCCAUUUGACAUCUUCCAAUCCUUCUUUGGUGGAGGUGGCGGUAGCAGCAGAGGACGAAGGCAGAGGAGGGGAGAAGAUGUAGUCCAUCCCUUGAAGGUCUCUCUUGAGGACUUGUACAGUGGAAUCUCUAAAAAGCUUUCCCUAUCUCGAAAUGUCCUUUGCUCAAAGUGCAAUGGGAAAGGUUCAAAAUCUGGUGCUUCAAUGAAAUGUUCUAGCUGUCAAGGGACUGGAAUGAAGGUCUCGAUUAGGCAGCUCGGUCCCUCAAUGAUUCAGCAGAUGCAGCAUCCUUGUAAUGAAUGCAAGGGAACUGGAGAGACUAUCAAUGAUAAAGAUCGUUGCCCUCAGUGCAAAGGUGAGAAGGUUGUUCAGGAGAAGAAGGUGCUGGAAGUCAUUGUGGAGAAGGGCAUGCAAAAUGGCCAGAAGAUUACAUUCCCAGGGGAGGCUGAUGAAGCGCCCGAUACAGUUACCGGGGAUAUAGUAUUUGUUCUGCAGCAAAAGGAACAUCCGAAGUUCAAGAGAAAGGGCGAUGACCUUUUUGUUGAACACACCUUGUCAUUGACGGAGGCUCUAUGUGGCUUCCAGUUCAUAUUGACUCAUUUGGAUGGUAGGCAGCUCCUUAUUAAAUCGAACCCCGGGGAAGUCAUCAAGCCAGAUCAAUUCAAGGCAAUCUACGAAGAGGGUAUGCCGAUGUACCGGAGGCCAUUCAUGAAGGGGAAGUUGUAUAUCCAUUUCACCGUGGAAUUCCCAGACUCUCUGAGCCCAGAGCAGGUUAAGGCUCUGGAGGCGGUAUUGCCACCGAAGCCAUUGACAGAAAUGACAGAUAUGGAACUCGACGAGUGUGAGGAGACGACUUUGCAUGAUGUCAACAUUGAAGAGGAGAUGCGGAGAAAGCAGAUGCAUGAGGCAUAUGAUGAGGACGAGGAUAUGCAUGGCGGCGGUGGAGCUCAGAGAGUGCAGUGUGCCCAGCAGUGAGUAUGAUUUUUGAACAUUUUCGUCGUUAAACGAAGAUGAUUGCAGGACUAGUUAAGUAACAAUUAGUCUGUACUGGUGGCUUGAAACCUCAAAACUGUGUAUGUUGUUUGAUUUCCUGGGCAGGUAUAUCAUGUUUUCUCUGGGAAAACAUUUUGUUAUAAAAAUGUGAACUUCGUUUUUUGUGAACUUCAUUGGCUCUUUUAUUUGUUCUUCAUUUUCUUGA